UUCAAAAGUCAUAACAAAUACUUGACGCUUUUUUGUGUACUCAGAAAUUUGCGAAUUCAAGAUUAUAUUUUAUAAAUGAUCGUUAUCAUUAUCAAUGAGAAGGAUAUUAAUGCUAAUAACGAACAGUUUAAAGUGAAAUGUCUUUCCCAAAGAUCGACGGGUACGUGGUUACAGAGAAACUCGGUUCAGGGAGCUAUUCCACCGUGUACAAGGCUUAUACCAAGAUUGGUGCCCGCACCACAGUAGCAGUGAAGUGCAUAGACAAGUCUCGCAUCAAGCACUCGGGAGCGGCCGUAGUCAACCUGGUCACAGAGAUCCGUCUGCUGAAGUCUCUGACACAUCCUCAUAUAGUGCACAUGAAGGAGUUUACAUGGGACGACAGAAACAUAUACAUCAUAAUGGAGUACUGCUGCGGAGGAGACCUGUCCAAGUACAUCCGACGCUACGGACGAGUGCCGGAGAAGCAAGUUAGUGCUGUACUUCUUGCAACAGUUGGCGUCAGCUUUGAAGUUUCUGAGAGACAAAGGCGUGGUGCACAUGGACCUGAAGCCGCACAACCUGCUGCUGCACAGGGACUGCGACGGCAGGCACACGCUCAAGGUGGCGGACUUCGGGUUCGCGCAGCACAUGGCGGAGCAGCCCGCGCGCACCGUGCGCGGCUCCCCGCUGUACAUGGCGCCCGAGAUGUUGCUGGGAGAGUACGACGCCAGGGUCGAUCUGUGGAGCGUGGCUUGCCCCCGUGGGUUCCAGGGGUCAUAAUGUACGAGUGCCUGUUCGGACGAGCCCCCUACUCCUCCGCCACCUUCGCCGAGCUCAUGGACAAGAUACAACGGCAGGCGCCUAUAGAGGUCCCCGCCAGCGCCGGCAUCUCGGCCGGCUGCCGCGAGCUGCUGGCGCGCCUGCUGCGGCACCAGCCCGACCAGCGCAUCUCGUACGAGGAGUUCUUCGCGCACCCCUACCUCGACCUGGACCACAUGCCGUCCAAGGAGAACUACAACAAGGCCGUGGCACUGAUCAAGCGGGCCAUAGAGCUGGAGUGCUCGGGACGGCUGGCCGAGGCACUGCAGGCCUACGGAGACAGCCUGCUGUACCUGGUGCCGGCGGUGGGCGCGGAGAGCGACGCGGUGCGGCGUAGCGCGCUGGCGGCCAAGCUGCGGCAGUACAUGGACCGCGCGGAGGAGAUCAAGCGCAUAGUGACCGGCCAGGCCUCUGUACCGUCCGCCGCGCCGCCCUCCCACGACUCGGUGGUGCACUCACCACAAGCCUGCGACACAACUGUGCACUGCACACACAACGAAGACAUACAAACGGACAAAACCGACGUAGACAUACAAACAGACAAAAACACCAGUGAGCCCGCAGCGAAGGCUCAGGACCGGCGCGGAGCCCUGGCGCGCCUACUGCGGAGGCCUGUGCCCUACCUCGACAGAGAUACGUCAGAAGGUGUACCAGAGAAGCCUCAGAAGAACAACGAAGCGAACGACACCUGCAAGAUUACAUAAAUAAAUGAGAUUUUUUACACUGUUUUGAUCUUCUGGUCUGAGAGCAGGCAUUAGAAGUACAUUAGAAGUACAUACCCAUCUGUUAUUUAUAAGUGACAAGAUAAAUGAUAGAUUCACAGUGACACAUUCCAAAUAGGUUGCCUAGUUAAAUAGCAGCCAGACACAUUUUUCAUACAAAAUCUAGGAAACUGUGAACUAGAUCAAAGUUAUAUAAUAAUACAGUUAAAUUAUGCAUAAAAUAAGCUUUCAUUUGUCAUUAUAGACUAAAUAACUGAUGACGGUAUUUGUAUUACAUUAAUUAACUGUUUAUAUCUGGCAACCCCACACUGCAACUGUGGGGUUGCCAGAUAUAAUAAUGUUAUUAAGCAGGCAACCUUUAAAUGUUCUUACAAUAUUGAGGACACAUUUCUUCUUGUUUAUUUUACUGAAAUUUUAAUUAUUAAGAUGUCGAAAUUCGAUCGGUAGUAACUUAAGAGUAUGUUGAAAAAUAAUAUUUUAUACUGUCUACUCGCUACUUUGUCCUUGUGAUAUUCAGUUUCUUUUGUAAAUCCCAAUGCUUUUUUUAAAGAUAAAACGUACGCUUUAUGUUGCUCAAUAUCCUUAUCUAUCUUUCAAUGAAAUUCCCAUCCAAAUCGUUUCAACCGUUUCAGAGAUUAGCCUGGACAAACAGAAAGCUGUCUAUUUAACACGAAAUUUUCAAGAAAGCUUGUUUGUGUUUUAAUGUCAUAUAAACUGUAAGCACUCAGAAACAUAGUUAUUCUGAAAUCAGACAGACUUCAAUUUUAUAUAAUAGGCUGCUUGCCUCUUUUGUAAACAGUGUUUAAACUGAAUUAUGGAAGUAUUAUAAGCUAUAUUUUAUUUUGUCCCGUCUAUAAUAAAACCAGUAAAAAAAUUAAUAAUAAUAAAAAAAUAUGUAUAUAAAAUUUUGAGAUUGAUUUUAGAGGAAAGAUGUGAUAUAUCACGUCACCGCAAGCGCCAAUCACAAACCGAUGCCUUGUAGCGAAUGACGUCACAGUUUGAUGAUUGGCGUUUGCGGUGUCGUGAUCAAAAUACAAUUUUGUUUUAUAAAAAUAUUACAAUUACGUGAUUAUUUUCACAAAUAAAAAUGUGAUUAGAGUUUCUAGGCAUCUAAACUGCCUAUAAGCAAAAAAUCUUUUUAGUUUUGUACAGCAGGCGAGUAGCCUAUUAUAUGUAUUGAUAUUAAGAAAUUAAAUAUCACGUGUCUCAAAGUGAAGGAAAAACAUCGCAAGGAAACCAGAGAAUUAUCUUAAUUCUCUAUGUGUGUGAAGUCUGCUAAUCCGCAUUAGGUCAGCGUGCUGGACUAUUGGCCUGACCCCUUGCAUUCUAAGAAGAGACUCGUGCUCAGCAGUGAGUCGAAUAUGGGUUGAUAAUGAUGACGAUUGGUAAUAUGCUAUUUAGUAUGUCACUGCCUGCCAGGAGCGUGCGGUAUACGAAUUAUUAUUUUAGUUAAAUCUGUUGUAUAACUGUUGAUUAAUUUUAUUUGGAAUAAUUGUUAUCUGUUGGUUUGCUUAGCUUUUUAUUAGUAUUAUUUGUGUUAAGCCAUUUUUAUUUAUAACAAAAAACUAUCUAGAUGAACUGUAAUGGUAGUUUUUUGAGAAUAUUUACAAUAGGCUAGUUAACAUUUUUUUUAUGUUCUAAAAUUAUCGUUCUACUAGAUAGAUUUUUUUUAUAUUUUUUUAAGACGUGAUUACAUGAAAAUUUAACUUUUAAAUAUGUUUUUGACAAAACGCGCCAAAACGCCUGUCGGCCAUGACAGUCUAUAUUUCAACUGUUUCAUGACGUCACUGUAACAAAUCCCUUGCAAACGGAGCGUUUGACAAAAACAUUAGUCAAUAGUUUGACGUUUAGUACAUGAAGUAACAGUGUGACGUCACAAAAUGGACGACAGCGUUUUUGACGUUUGGAAAAUUUUAAAAAAUACAUGAGUUUUAAAUUAAGUUUUUUAAUACUUGACUUUUAUUAAUUAAUGUCGAUGUAUUUCGGACCUUUAUUCCAUAUACUCGCACCUACUACACGAAAUUAAUAUUGUUUAAAUAUUAAAGGACAUGUCCCAAAAUGGGUCUUUAUUAUUUAUAAUUUAUAAGCAGGGCGAAAGUAUUUUUUACGGAUAGAAGAUACAAAUUGCUGUUGAGAAAAUAAUUUUCAGAAUUUUUGGAACCCGCAUUAAUUAGAUAAAUAUUUUUUUUUGUUUUGCUAUCUACAAAUUAAAUAUAGACAAUACAGUAAAAGUGUUCAAAACAGCCCUAUAUUUUAUGUUAUUUUAAGAUUAUAUUUUAUGUUAUUUUAAGAUAAAAAUAUUUUCUUCUGCUUAGUAGACAUUCGGAGUAAAGGCCCAGCCUCCAUACAAAAUUGGGACAUGUCCUUUGAUGUGAAUGUUUCAUGUGCUUGUCAUUACUACAACCAUGAAUAAACAUGGCUGUACUUCACUCACUAUAGUCUGGCAAGUUUGUUGACUACAAUCCCAUGAUAUGCGGGCGACGGGGGGAAAAACUGCGCGGGUGUGAAAUCGUGCAUGCGGGGAAGUGGCGUGCAUCAGUCGUGGGUUUUUCAUUCAUCGCUACGCACGCCCCCGGAAGUGUUACGAACGAAUUUGCCAAGUUAUAGCUUUGUCAUAUAAAGCCAUACUCUUGCCCUGAAUAGAAAGACAUUUUUAAGUACUUGUGCCUUGUAAGAUUUUAUAAAAUUAAAAUGUAUUUCGUUUUUGUAUCUAUAUUAAAGAUUUUUUUUUUUUUUU